ACAGUAAAGACUUUUUUUACCGGACCAUGGAAAGACAGAGAACCAAGAGAGGAUACAAUGAAAACAAUUGUUUUGGUCGCCAUCUGAAUCUGAGUGAAUUAAAAGAGGAAGCUAAAGAGUUGGAAAACGUAUAUCUCCUCAAAGAAAACAUCCUGCCGUACCCUCGACCAGAGUUUCAUGUGACUCAUCUGAAACAUGACACAAAUGGAAAAGGUUUACGUGGUAUCAAGGCGAGUAAAGGUUUCCGUGACCCUGAUCCUCUGGGGCUGGUGUGGUGGAAUCUGAUGGUGAGACCUGAGGACAUCCAGUCUGCUGAGCCGAGGCUCCUGGACCAGAUCUACCCAGACCGGACAGAGGAGCAGGCUCAGAAACAGCAAAGCUUUCUGGGGAAGUUCGCCACCUCGCCGGCCUUCCUGGACUCCUCCAGGCUGGGCUCGUACCGCUUCACCUUCCCGCUGGAGGAGGUGCUGACAGCCUACAGCCAGCAGCUUUGCUCCGGUGCUCAGCCCGUCAUGCGGGUGUUCAAGACCGCCCUGUACAAACAGGAAGUGAUGUACGCUGUCCUGGUCCACAGUCCAGCCAAUCAGGAGCUGUUCUCAGGAUUUCCUUUGCUGACUGACGAGCCGAACGCUGUCUGUGCUUACAGAGAUGGUCGCUUCAUCUGGAGGCCUGAGGCCAUGUGUGGGACUCACAGUUUUGAGUUGGUCUACAAACGUGAUGAGAACCAGGUGGAAGUGAACGAACUGUUUGGAUUUGACCGUCCAUUUUAUGUUUGGGAUAAUGUCGCCAUCACCCUGCAUGUGGAGGAAGGACAGGUGCUGAAGUUUGAUGCUGAGCGACUGAGAGAAAACCUCACGUACUGUGGAAAAGGAACGCCUAUAACCACAUCUCCUGGAAGUUUUUAUACUUUCGAAUAUGCUGAAGCUCUUGUUAAUGACUUGUGGCCUGGCAGUGAGUCACCACUGGAGCGCUCGGUGAACAUUCAGGCAUCCUAA